GCGCAUGCGUUGGUAAUGCCUUCAGACACUGAUGAAUAAAGCUCAUGAGGAACAUGAUGACAGCAAUAUUGAGAUAUUUUAUUAUUGAACCUAUAGUAAUAGAAGAGUAGCAACAUACAUCUCUAAUCUCUCUAUUUGUGUAUUGAAAUUCCUAAUGGAGUCCAUUGACUGUGCGUCGUUGGCAAAUCAAUGGCAGAGGAUAACAAGUGAGGCAGUAUUUCAUGAUACACUGCUGAACUACUGGCGGGUGAAGGUACCAGAAAUCUUCAAGUCUGGAGAGUUGGAUAACAAACAAGAGAAUGAAAAUCUCAAAAAAAACCUUCUGCAACCUCUUGAAUGGUUCAUCUGUAACGGAGAGCCUAGUCAAAUGUUCCAACAACUGAAACAGAAGAGUAAUCCACCACAAAUGUGUGGAAAGGUGUUCAAAAGUGGGGAGUCUAUAUACUCUUGCAGGGAAUGUGCAAUGGAUCCAACAUGCUGUUUGUGUGUGACAUGCUUUCAAAAUAGUAGACACAAGAAUCACAGAUAUCGGAUGACCAGUUCUAAUGGUGGAGGAUAUUGUGAUUGUGGAGACGCGGAAGCAUGGAAGAAGGAUGUUGCGUGUGACUUGCACAAGCUUCAUUCCUCUCUACCUAAUCAA